AUGAGGACAUUUGAUAUGUUCUUGUUUGUAGUGGUAGCAUUUACAUGURCCUCCGUGAACGGAAAUGUGUAUUUCCAUGCUAAAAAUCCAAAUAAUGAGUGGUGGUCGAACACAAUAACAUAUCAAGUGUAUCCAAGAUCAUUUAAAGACAGUAACAAUGAUGGUAUUGGUGAUUUAAAAGGUAUUAUUCAGAAACUAGAUCAUUUCACUGAUCUUGGUAUUGAGACGUUAUGGAUUGGUCCACUUUUUAAAUCACCAAUGGAUGAUAUGGGAUAUGAUGUAGAAGACUAUAGAAUGAUAGACCCAAUAUAUGGAACGAUGGCUGAUUUCGAUGAACUAGUUUUAGAAAUGAAGAAACGAAAUCUUAAAUUAAUAACGGACAUUAUACCUAACCAUUCGAGUUAUAAAUGUGAGUGGUUCCAGAAAUCAAUUAAACAAGAAGGAAAAUACAAAGAUUAUUACAUAUGGCGUGACGCUUUAAACAAAGAUGAAGUUUUACAAAAUUCAACAAUAAAACCAAUACUUCCAAACAAUUGGUUGAGUGUAUUUGGUGGUCCUGGCUGGACAUGGAAUGAUGAACGAAAACAAUUUUAUUACCAUCAGUUCAAUUCAAAACAACCAGAUUUUAAUAUCAGAAAUCCAUUAGUACACAAAGAAAUUUUGGAUAUACUUGCAUUUUGGAUUGAUAGAGGCGUUGUUGGAUAUCGAUUUGAUGCUAUUAAACAUUUAUAUGAAAGUGAUUCAUUCCUUGAUGAACCUUGUCUAGCUGAUGAGGACGAAUGUAAAAUAAACCAUGAUAGUUUAAAACAUAUUUAUACAACAGAUCAACCUGAAAACAUUGAAAUUAUUAAUGAAUGGAGAGAAUUCAUUGAUAAUUAUAUGAGAAGCAAAAACAUCACAAUAUCUAGCUAUCUAGCCACCGAAUCCUACUCACCGAAAGAAAUAUUAAUGCAAUACUAUGGCAAUUCAACGAAACCCGGAGCUAAUGUACCAUUUAACUUCGGAUUAUUAACUGUUGAUAAACGUGACAUAGUUGCAUCUAUAGACAUAGAAAUUAAUGAAUGGCUAGAAAUAAUGCCCGAAAACCAGGUGGCUAAUUGGGUGGUGGAAAAUCAUGACAACCCAAGGAUACCAACCAAAUUUGGUGCCGAAAUGGUACCACUCUUUACAGCUUUGAAAUUAUCACUUCCUGGUAUAGAAGUUACAUACUAUGGGAGUGAAAUUGGUAUGGACAAUACGUAUGUGAGACCAGACCAAUCACAAGAUCCUAAUAAUGCAGGAGGUAAGAGAGCGGAUGAAUCCAGAGAUUAUGAAAGGUGUCCAAUGCAAUGGGAUACUUCAAUAAAUGCAGGUUUCACUGAAAAAAAAAGCCCAUGGUUACCAGUAAAUCCAAAUUAUUACAUGCUCAACGUUGAAUCACAGAAAAAAAUACCAACUAGUAACUAUAAUUUUUACAAAAAAAUGUCUCAACUUCGAAGAACCGAUACAUUGAAAAACGGCGAUCUUCAGACGUAUAAUAUUAGUAAAUCCAUAUACAUAUUAAAGAGAUCAUUAUUGGAACACGAAUCAUACAUAGUCGUAUUGAAUUUUGGAAGUGAAACUGAAACAGUUGCAUUGUCAAAUGUCAUAAGCAAUCUCAAAAACGAACUUUACGUAUACUUAGGAAGUGCAAAUUCUGGAUAUAAUAUCGGAAGUAUUGUUACAACUGUUUGUUCACCCAAUAAUUCACUAAACCUCCGACCACAAUCUGUAGUUGUAUUAACAGAUAAAUAUAUUGCACCUGAAACACCAACAAUUGAUACUCAAAAUGCAGGCACACAAAUCGGUUCCACAUCAAUUAGUUUAUUAAGUAUUUUUUUACUAUUAAGAUAUUUUUUAUGAAUUCAUCUUUCAUAAUUGUACACUAAAUACCUAUAGUUAUAAUUUCUCUUAAUUUUAAUUUUAUCAAUAUUUUUGUUGCAUACAUUCAUUUUUUAAUGUAUUAUUUAAUAAAUUCCUAAUUUAUGAGCCAACGAAGGCUUUUAAACAAUUUAUUAAAAACUGUAGUACCUACCCAUAGAAAUUAGUUAACUUACUAUGGUUAGCUUUUUAAGCUUCAGAGUUUUCUCUCAUUAAAUGCUUUAAAGUGA